UGGACUGUUGUCCGGUCUGCCUUUGGAUUUUUGUCGCCUCAAGCAAAUACCAACCCGUCGUCCCCGUCUUCAAGAAAAAAACUAGCCAGCCAUGGGUCGCAUGCACGCUCCCGGAAAGGGUAUCUCCUCUUCUGCUCUCCCAUACCGCCGGGCCCCCCCAUCAUGGCUCAAAACGACCCCCGAGGACGUCGUUGAUCACAUUGUCAAGUUGGCCAGGAAGGGUCUCACCCCCUCGCAGAUUGGUGUUGUCCUCCGUGACUCGCACGGUAUCCCCCAAGUGAGGUUCGUUACGGGUAACAAGAUUCUGAGGAUCCUCAAGUCCAACGGAUUGGGCCCAUCCAUCCCUGAGGACCUUUGGCACCUCAUCAAAAAGGCGGUCGCCGUCCGCAAGCAUCUUGAGGUUAACAGGAAGGACAAGGACUCCAAGUUCCGCCUGAUUCUCAUCGAGUCGCGUAUCCACCGUCUUGCUCGUUACUACAAGACGAAGCAGCAGAUCCCUCCUACCUUCAAGUAUGACUCGGCUACUGCGUCGACGUUGAUUGCUUAAAUGGAGGAUGUUGGUUUUCGUGGAGACUUGUGUAGCCAUGUUACUAUGAUAUUACCAGAUGCUAUGCAUAUGCUUUUCGACCUCCGCAGAACUAAGUCAAGUUAAUCCGCAGAGUUGCAUAAUAGUGAAGCCUCGAUAUCUUUUCCGUUGCCUUGAAGUUUA